GGAUGACACACCACCUGGUCGUCUGCUCACGACACGACUGGCUGGCAACUUCCUGUCUGACCAAAACACGCGAGAGACUCUCGUUUGCCUCGCCAUACCUGGCCAGAUUUUCUCAAACUUUUUGAUUGGCUGACAGACGACAGGUUUUGAGUACACAGUUGCACAGUUAAGAUUUUUCUGACUUAAACGAAGGUUGCUUAACUUUGGAAAUAACAAGGCGCCAUGAGAAGCCUGCUCCUCCUGCUGGUGGCAGUCUUCGCCCAGCUCUUCACCGCCCCCCUCUACGCCGAGGAAGCUACCCCUGCCCCUGCCGUCACAGACGCCCCACCCACAGCCAACUCUACCACCCCGUCCCAUGAGAACGUGACCGCCGUAGCGCCGGUGAAUCAGACCGAGAAGCCCAACGCCACGAAUCCCAUCAACACCACGGAUGUUGUGACCAGCGCGCCGCCCGGAAAUGACACUGCCAACCCGCCCAGCAACCCGAACAACACCUCGACCGAUGCGGCCAGUAACUCCACCAACAACCCGCCCAACAACUUGAUCAGCAAUACGACCACUGUCCAACCCAACAGCUUGACCAACAACUCGACCACUGUCCAACCUACGGCUACCAACAACACGACCACUGUCCAGCCAACUGCUACCAACAACACCGGCUCCAGCGCUGCCCAGAUGACCACCACACUUCCGGUGACCCCUACAACCCAAGUCAGCCCAGAGUGCCUCAACGGUUACCUUCAGUGGUGGGGCGAGACCAGACUUCAGUGUGAGCCCCCAGUCAACUCCACCUGCUUCGCAAAAUGUUCAGAAUCUGAGAAGAAAAAGCUGACGGAUCUGAGUUGCUAUCUGACUGGCGUGGUCAAGAAAGAUGACAACUCGAGCUGCCUGCGCCAGGUGGUCAAGUGUCUGGCCAGUAGCCCAAGCCUCGUCAACUCAAAACUAUCUUUCUGUAGCGCUGAGAAGCUGCCGGAAAUCAAAUCCUGCUUCACCAAGACAGACAAUAGUACUGACCUGCAAUGUAGCCAAGCGGAGUACAACCAAAUCUAUUCAUCCAUUGGAUGCAACAGGUCACGUGUGAUCGAGGCCUGCAUAUUCCUAAUAUUUUUGGCAGUUCUAGUCGCCAAAGUCUUCCCAGAAGACUAAAUCAUACCGACGCCAUUACCUGCACAUUUGGACUUCUAUAUUACAUUCUUUUUAAGUUUAGUUUUGAUUGCUUAUUUUUAAAUUCUAGACAAAAAUUGUUUCCUCUGUUGUUGCAUAAUUUACCAUUUUGGUUACACUGUUUGAGAAAUAUGCAAACCAGAAAGUGUAUACCUAUACACCUUCUGACAAGUGCAUUCAAAUUUUUAUGCAACUGUUUUUUUUUGGAAUGUUAAGGUGACCGGUUUUAAGGUAUCGAUUCAUAACCAUGACCUUGAUAUCGAUUUCUUGAUGUUGUUGUUUCUUUUGGUCCACUUUGUUUCGGAAACUUUCGAUACCUACAGUAAUUUGUCUUGAACCAUUUCUGCUGCCUGACCCAAGAUCAAAUUACAAGAUCUUUUGAUUGAAUAUUUAUGCCUCAUCUUGAAACCAUUUAAAAACCAGUGCCUUAAUCUGAAAGUUUAUUAUUGAACUCCUAUAUUAAUGUUUAUCGAUAUAUCUAGCCAAAAUGAAUAAAAUUCAAGUUUAAUUUUUACCAUACAUAAAAAACUUUACAAUUUAUAAUAUAGUUGUCCAAAUCAUACUUGAAUAUAAAAAUGGUUAACUGAAUAAAAAAAUUGUUUUGUGCAGAAGAAAAAAAAGGAAAAUAAAUGAGAAAGACCAUUUUGCUGUUAUUUUUUUUUAAGUAGACUGAUUACACAGACAACGACUGACAAAUCUGGACACACCAUUUCAAAAACAGCAGCAGCACCAGUGUACUAAAAUACAACAACAUGAGAGGCAUGAAACAAAACUGAACUGAAUAACCACUUAAAUUGAAGUAUGCUGUAGGAAUUUUGUAAAAUUAUCAUAGCAGAUACUUCUGUGUCAGGAAUUUUGUAAAAUUAUCAUAGCAGAUACUUCUGUGACAGGUGUUCAAGCACAAAAUGGCCAAUUUGUUCUAUUCAAUUUCAGGGAUUUGUGUCAGAGGAGCUCUUCUGUAUUGUAAGUUAAAUAAAACAAGCAGCCAAAACUUCUUGCAUAUAUUUCUUCUUCUAUUCAUAAAAGUAUUAACAAAGUGCUAGAACUGUUAAGGCAAUUGUCCUACUUUUGUGAUUGGGUAACUUGCCCUCAUGUCUAUUCUUUUUACAUUUUUUAUGUACAUUCCUUGUAAGUUCUCUAUUUAUCUGUCAAAUUAUCUGAAAAGUCAUCUUGUAUCUAUACAUUCCAUGGAAUCUGUUAAAUAUUUUAAGUAAAAAAAUAAAGCUGUACACUAUAAAAAUUGA